UCUCAGAACCGGCCUAAUAUAUAUAGAUAUAUCUAUUGAAAAAGAGUAAACAUACAAAUUAAAUUAGUAUUAUUCCUAUCGCACCGAACUGAGUCGAUAAAACGCAGCCGGAGUUGGUCGCCGGAAGAAAGAAAGCCGCCGGAAAGUGAGCAACUCCAGAUUAAUUCCCUGAUUUGAUGGAUGCUGCAAACAGAUCAGAAGAUGUGGAGCAAACCCUUGAAACACAGGUCAAAGCCUUUUUUGACUCUGCUCCUCCUCUCCACAACAGUCAUGAUAUAACUCAAAAGUUGAAUCAAUUCAUUCAGCGUAAUUCUUCAUCGUCAGAAAAUGGGGAAGCUAGGAGAAUUGUUUGUGUGACUUCUGGUGGUACCACUGCUCCAUUGGAGCAACGGUGUGUCCGCUAUGUUGAUAACUUCAGUUCAGGUCAUAGAGGGGCCACGUCCACUGAGUACUUUCUGAAGGCUGGAUACGCUGUUAUUUUUCUGGGGCGUAGGGGAAGUUUCCAGCCAUUUUGCAGAUCCCUUCCUGAUGAUCCCUUAAUUGAAUGCUUCGAGCCCACCAACGGCUUAGAUAUUCAAGUUCGGAGUGCUUAUUCUGAAACAGUGAAGAGGGCUAUUGUGGAUCAUCAUACUGCAGUGGCAGGCGGUCACCUGUUAAAACUUCCUUUCGGCACCAUAUUUGAGUAUCUUCAGAUGUUGCAGAUAAUUGCAGUCUCAAUGAGGUGUAUUGGUUCACGUGCAAUGUUUUAUCUUGCUGCUGCAGUAUCUGACUAUUAUGUUCCUUGGAAGGAGAUGGUGGAGCACAAAAUUCAGUCCGGAUCUCACCUCUUGGACGUUAAACUUGUUCAAGUGCCGAAAAUGUUGUCGGUGCUCAGGGAAAACUGGGCUCCUCAGGCUUUCUGCAUAUCUUUCAAGUUAGAGACAGAUUCAAGCAUUCUUCUAAAUAAGGGUAAUGCGGCUCUUGAAAAGUACAAAAUGCAUGCAGUUGUUGCAAAUGAACUCUCAACUCGCAAGGAGCGAGUGGUGGUCAUCACUAGAACUGAGAAGAUCACUGUUCUGCGAGACAAUAGUGAGUCUGAUGUAGAGAAUCCCUUGAUUCAACUUCUUUCGGAGAGACAUGCCACUUACAUUAAGGAUUCCAGUAGGUGACUAUGGAAUGACUUUGGCUCCUUGUUGCAAUUUUGGGGCACCAUAAUUUUAGUAUUGCGCUUUAAUUUUUUUUAAGGCCAUGAUGGAUAGAGCAAGAAAUAAAAUUGAUGUCUCCAUUGUAUCAAAACUAUUGUUUAACUUAUUAAUAUAUCCUCAAGUUUAAUUUCUUAA